AUGGGACAUGCACAGGGAGAUCACCAUUUACCCUUCCUGGAGGGUAUACGGUCAAAGGCACGUAUUUCCAACGGUCAACAGACCUUACAAGGCAGCCCCAUUUUUCCUAUCAAUUUUGAAUGAGUCGGAAAAAUGGGGGUCGAGUUGAACAGAUAUCAAACGUUCGUCAGGCAUUAACACAGUCCUGUAAGACCUACUUCCCACGUGUACUGUCGAAGGAAUACCACCUCGGUUAUUUUUUCCCAGGUGGUUCUUUUUCCUCAAUUCUGGUAGGUCUCAUUUUGUGGAUAACUCAUUCGUCGUCUUCAUACUGUUACUUCAUGCGAAUUGGGUUUUCUCGGUUCUUGCCUCACCAGGGACCCUUGAUGAACGGUGUCAAGGAUAGCAGGAUCGCACUACAAAAGUUAGUAAACUAAGAUUGGAGGGUCCAUGGGAACCCGGCAGACUUGAGUCAGUAUGCGACACAUAAACCCCAUCAGUAUCAGUCUGCAUUUAUC